CCACACAUGAGUUUGCACAGAGAGAGUGCUGCCAGUCAGUCAGUCGGUCGGUCGGUCGGUCGCAAAGUCAGUGACAAAGUCAUCGAGGGAGUCGUGCAGUCGGUGUUGCAAGGGUCCCCGGUGGAAACUCGGGAGGAGACGCUCGCUCCCGCGUUUGGAUGCGCACGCGAGCCUUAUGACUUUAGUGGGGGCUGCAAAUGGGCGGCACGGGUGGCAACCUCUACCUCAGCAUGUUGACCGGCGCCACCGAGGCGCACAGCCUGGCAAAGAGCCCCGAGGUGAACGGACACCUGCACCGCGGCGGGGCCAAGGACCCGGCCGAGCUCAAGAUGGGCAUCCAGGACGCGCGCUUCUAUUACCAGGACUCCCUCGCGGGUGGCCAGGACGCCCUGGCGCUGCAGUACCACUCGGAGCAGGCGCUCGGCGGCUUCGGACCCGCUGCGCAGCCGGCACGCUUUUACGCGCAGACGCUGGGUGGCUGCAACUAUGCUGGCGCGGGCUCCCCGCAGAGGAUCGUCGCCCGGCCGGGCUACGGGGACGGGUUCCCGGCGGUGGGCAAAGACGCGUAUCCGCCGUCGCCGGACAGCUUCGGGGGGGCGGCGGCGGCGGGCUACCAGCGGGCCACCGCGCUCUACCCGCUGCCCGGCUUGCAGCUGUGCGGCAAGACGCAGGCGCUGCUCAACAACUACCCGCUGUGGGCCAAGUUCCACAAGUUCCACACCGAAAUGAUCAUCACCAAGCACGGCAGGAGGAUGUUCCCGUUUCUCAGCUUCAACAUCAGCUCGCUGGACCCGUCGGCCCACUACAACGUGUACGUGGACGUGGUUCUGGCCGAUCAGCACCACUGGCGCUACCAGGGCGGCAAAUGGGUACAGUGCGGCAAAGCCGAGGGCAACAUGCCAGGGAACCGGAUGUACGUGCACCCGGACUCGCCCAACACUGGCGCCCAUUGGAUGAGGCAGGAAGUGUCCUUCAGUAAACUCAAACUCACCAACAACAAGGGCGGGAGUAACAAUAUGGCACAGAUGAUCGUUCUGCAAUCCCUGCACAAGUACCAGCCGCGUCUGCACGUGGUGGAGGUGAAGGAGGACGGCAGCGAGGACGCCUUCCACGCGUCCAAAGCGCAAACCUUCGUCUUUCCCGAGACGCAGUUUAUCGCCGUCACCGCCUACCAAAACGCUGACAUAACACAGUUGAAAAUCGACCAUAACCCCUUCGCCAAAGGUUUCCGCGACAGUUACGACACUCUGUACGCACCGCCCGACCCAGAGCGCCUCACCCCCUCCCCCACGGAGAGCCAGCCACUCCUGCCUGGAGGUUGCUACCCUUCGGGGUACCUGCCGGACCCCUACAUCGGCCCCCUGCCCCAGAGCCGUUUCUACGGUCGGGAAGCAGCGCUGGGCGGCCAGCAGCACAAGGACGCCCCCUCCAGCCCGGGGCCGCACUGGUACUUGCCGUCCCAGCAGGCCGUCACCCCCAACCGGCUGGACUUUGCUUCGUCCUUCGAGGGCGACUUCUCCGGGAACACCCUCUACAAGCCCUUCCCUCUGCAGACGCCUCCGUUGCCGACCCUCAGCUACUACCCCGAGCACCCGUUUGCCUCCAGCAGCGUGUCCACCACGGCGGGGUGGAGCACCACCCGGGCCCCGCCUCAGUACCUGGCCAGUAAGCCGGCCCCCAGCCUGGCUUGGUUCCGUCCCAUGUCCUCGUCGCCCACGGCGCCCGGUAACUCCAGGCUGCACGUAGCCCCCCUCCACCCAGGCCCGUUGGAGCCCCUCCCCCUUGCCGACAAGGUCAAAGACGGGGCGGGGGCCGAGCAACAUUGGCUGGAGCCGCCCUCUGUGAAGUCGCCCGACUCGCUGGACUCGGCCCCGUUUGAGGGCGGCGCGAGCGACGUCAAGAAGAGGAGGGUGUCGCCCUACACGUCCAGCACUGAGAACUCGCCGCCGCCCAGUUGCGAGGCGCAGAUGUGUGACAAAGACGCCGAUUACUUUGGCUAUUAUGCUCACUGAGCCACACCUCCCCACCACCACCACCACCAGACACCCGCUUCGCUAAGCAAUGCCACGUACUGGAGUACACGCUUUGUCCUCGUAGAAUUACUCUGGCGCACUGGUAGAACAAGGGUUCGAAAAAAGAAGGCGGAAACUUUUUUUGUGCUGACUUUCAGUAUUUCAGGAUGCCAAGCGGCCAUGACUAGUUGGAAAAAAAAGUGAAGAAAAGUCAUUUUUCAACAACACUCUUUUCUCGUAUUUCAUUCCGGAGAAGACGCCUUUAUUCUAACAAAAAAAAAGCUUUGUAUUAUAAAAAAA